AUGUCGUUAAUCGAUCCUUCCGUCCCUAAAUGGGUUGUCGAUUUACAAUCACUCCCAGCCUCCAGGUCGAAGAAUAGUAGCAUUCCCGACCCACCCGGCUACCCGUCGCAGUCAGCCGCAUUAUCAAAGAAACAAGCAUCAAAAGAAGCCAAAACUCAACCCCGAAAACAACCAACGACCGAAGAGAUGGAUACGCUGAAGCUGAAGAAGGCUUGGGAGGUGGCGCUCGCGCCUGUGAAGAGCUUGCCAAUGACAGCCAUCAUGAUGUACAUGUCGGGAAAUUCCCUACAGAUCUUCAGCAUAAUGAUGGUCUUCAUGGCCUUCAAGAACCCUAUCAUGGGCAUCAUCAGCACAAACCAGGCGUUCGAGAGGUUCGAAAGCGAGAGCAACAAGGGCAAGAUAAUACAGGCCAAGCUGGCCUACGUCGCGAUGCAGUUGGUAGCCUUGGCGGUUGGAAUUUGGAAAGUUAACGCGAUGGGUUUAUUACCAACCACACGAUCAGACUGGCUGGCCUGGGAAGCCCAACGAGAACCACUAGAGCUUGCUGUUCCUGCUUUAUAG